AUGAGAUCUGUGCCCGGUAGCUCGAUGGGAAGACGGCUGGUUCUUACAACCUUUGGCGAGAGCCACGGCAAGUGUGUGGGCGCCGUGCUGGACGGGUGCCCAGCCGGGUUGAAGCUGGAGGAAGGGGACAUACAGGGCAUGCUCGACCAGCGGAGGCCAGGACAGUCUGCCAUCAGCACCCAGAGGGCCGAGGGUGACAAGGUGGAGAUCCUCUCAGGGGUGUUUCGCGGAAGCACCACUGGCGCACCCAUCGCCAUGAUAAUCUGGAACCGGGAUCAGAGAUCUACCGACUACGAGGAGCUGAAGACAAAGCUGCGUCCGGGCCACUCGGACUAUCCUGCCAUGAUCAAGUACAAAGGGCACAACGACUACCGCGGCGGCGGGAGAUUCUCAGGCAGGCUUACUGCCACGCUUGUCAUGGGAGGCGCCAUCGCAAGGAAGCUUCUGGGCGCGGCGCUAGAUGUGCAGACGCACUCGUACGUGUCCCAGAUAGGCAAGGUGGCAAUGGGCAAGCGGUUCACAGAGAAGAUGAUACCGGACAUAUACGGAAACGAUGUCCGGUGCCCUGACCCCGAGGCCGCAGCGCUCAUGCGCGCAGCAAUACUUGGUGCCAGAAGAGACAUGGACUCGCUGGGGGGAAUGAUCGAGUCGGUCACCACCGGACUGCCCGUGGGCCUGGGAGAGCCGGUCUUUGGCUCACUGGAGUCAGACAUCAGCAGCGGAGUCUUCUCCAUCCCGUCAGUCAAGGGCGUUGAGUUUGGAUCCGGCUUUGCGGGAUCCGAGUCCACUGGUUCCCAGAAUAACGACACCUUUGUCUUAAGGGACGGCGCCGUGCAGACCAGAACCAACAACGCCGGGGGCAUCUUGGGCGGCAUCUCCAUAGGGAUGCCGCUGACCCUGAGGGUAGCCUUCAAGCCGGCCUCCUCCAUUCCCAGGGAGCAGCCCACCGUGGACAUCAAGUCAGGCAAGGAUGCGGUGCUCAGCGUCAAGGGACGGCACGACCCGUGCGUGGUUCCGCGGGCCCCGCCCGUUGUGGACUCGGUAGUCGCGCUGGUUCUGGCAGACCACGCCCUUCUCGGGGGAUUCAUCGGACCGGUUUUGUAG